CCCCGCGCGGGCGCGGGUGGAUCUCUCGGGCUCUGACUUCUUUUCGGGUCACCUUCAGGCUUCAGCCAGGCACCUGACGCCUCUUUCCCCUCACGCUGCCAGGGCCGGGCAGGGCCGGGCCGAACUACAUUUCCCAGGAGGCUCCGCGGUCAGGUGCAAACAGCGCCGUGCUGACUACAUUUCCCAGACAGCCUUGCGGCGGCCCGGGCCUUAAAGCGUCCAUUUCCCAGCGGCCCUCCGCUGCGAGACCACAGCUCUUCUCUGGAGUCUCAGAGCCGUAAGACACUACGACUCCCAGAGGACCUUGCGUCGGGCAAGAAAGACUACACCUCCCAGAGGCCUCGCGGCGCCGCGACAGGAAGCGGCGGGCGAGUCGAGUGUCCUUACGCGUGGAUCCGAGCGACCAUGGUGGCCCGGGUGUGGUCGCUGAUGAGCGAGCCCUUGGCGUUCCACUCGCGGUGUCAGCCUCCGCCUGCGAGCCUCAGUUGUCUUCUCUGUGAAGUGGGAAUGCCGGUGAAUCCUGCCGCUGGCGUGGAUGAGAAGUGAAUGCGUGCUCGGAGCUGCAAGUGACAGUGGGCAGGAGGCGCCCAGGGACACUUGGUUUCUCCAGGGCUGGAAGGCUUCUAGAAGGUUCCUCAUCAAGGGAAGUGUGGCUGGGGGCGCCGUCUACCUGGUGUACGACCAGGAGCUGCUGGGGCCCAGCGACAAGAGCCAGGCAGCCCUACAGAAGGCUGGGGAGGUGGUCCCCCCCGCCAUGUACCAGUUCAGCCAGUACGUGUGUCAGCAGACAGGCCUGCAGAUACCCCAGCUCCCAGCCCCUCCAAAGAUUUACUUUCCCAUUCGUGACUCCUGGAAUGCAGGCAUCAUGAAGGUGAUGUCAGCUCUGUCGGUGGCCCCCUCCAAGGCCCGCGAGUACUCCAAGGAGAGCUGGGAGUAUGUGAAGGCGCGCACCAAGUAGCGAGUCAGCAGGGGCCGCCUGCCCCGGCCAGAACGGGCAGGGCUACCACUGACCUGAAGACUCCGGACUGGGACCCCAUUCCGAGGGCAGCUCCCGGCCUUGCUGGCCCAAUAAAGGACUUCGGAAGUGU